AUGAAAGCACAAACGUGUACUGAUGGGGAAGGUGGGGUGGGAAUUGAGUGGACAGGCAUGAGGGUAUGCUGUACAGUAACCAUCCUUUCUGAGCAAUCACUGGAUGGCGAGCGCUAUAUGUCUCAACAGCUCUGCAGUGUAUGUACAGUUGCCCUCACAGAGCCGAAGGAAACGCUGAGUGUCGCUCAGGUUCAGCGACGGAGCAGAGGCCGUGCAAUUAGGAAGUGGCAGGGCUGGGAUUCAGUCCAAAUACAGCCCAGCUUUCAGUCCGUUUUUAAUUUCUCUAUUCCCUGCCCUUGGAACAGACAGCUGUAA